AUGGUACGUGUGGGGCUGCCUCUGGCCUUGGGGUGGGAGUCAGGGAAGCCCCUAGGAGGCCAGGCCAGGACCAUCUGCGAGGCUGGGCGGCCACACUGCACCUACCUGGUCUUCCAUGUUAGGGUUUGGGCAAGGAUGGGGCCGCAGGAGAGCUUUGCUGAUGACCCUGAGGGCCAGGAAACCCAGAGGGCCUCAUGCCUGGAGAAGUGGAGAUGUGACAUCAGGAGCAGGCAUGGACCAACAGCACCAGAGUGGCAGAAAUGA